CAUUACAAAUCCCCGGACCGCGCGGCUCUGCGCUCUUUUCCUCAGCCUGUUCACACGAGGUCUCUGCACGCCUUUCACAAUGGGCUUUGGCGAUCUUAAAACCCCCGCUGGUCUUAAAGUUUUGAAUGACUUUUUAGCCGAUAAAAGCUACAUCGAGGGGUUCGUUCCCUCUCAGGCUGACGUUGUGGUAUUUGAGGCCCUCUCUGCUGCUCCCCCUGCAGACUUAUGCCAUGCGCUCCGCUGGUACAACCAUAUCAAGUCCUAUCAGUCAGAGAAAUUAAGCCUUCCAGGGGUGAAGAAGGCCCUCGGCCAGUACGGUCCUGCUGGGGUGGAGGACACCACCAGUGCAGAUUCCAAGGACGACGAUGAUGACAUCGACCUGUUCGGCUCUGAUGACGAGGAGGAAAGCGAAGAAGCCGCGAGGUUGAAGGAAGAACGACUAGCAGCCUAUAAUGCAAAGAAGGCUAAAAAACCAGCGCUGAUAGCAAAGUCGUCCAUUUUGUUAGACGUGAAACCGUGGGAUGACGAGACGGACAUGACAAAGCUGGAGGAAAGUGUCCGCAGCAUCCAGAUGGAUGGGCUGCUGUGGGGGAGCUCCAAACUGGUGCCUGUGGGCUACGGCAUCAAGAAGCUGCAGAUCCAGUGUGUGGUGGAGGAUGACAAGGUUGGUGUAGACCAACUGGAGGAGGAGAUCACAGCCUUCGAGGAUUAUGUACAGUCCAUGGAUGUGGCUGCCUUCAACAAGAUCUGAAAAUGUACUGGGCAUAUUAAUAAAGGCACUUGGAUUGCAAACA